CCGGCGGCUGCCGUCUGCGUGGCGGAAGAGGGCGGGGUGCGGUGCUACGCGCAUGCGGGAGGAAAGGCCGUCGGCCAGGCUGCUACCAUGAGGUUAAAUCAGAACACCUUGCUUCUGGGAAAGAAGGUGGUGCUGGUACCCUACACCCCGGAGCAUGUGCCUAGGUACCACGAGUGGAUGAAAUCAGAGGAGCUGCAGCGUUUGACAGCAUCUGAGCCGCUGACUCUGGAGCAGGAGUACGCGAUGCAGCGCAGCUGGCGGGAAGAUGCAGACAAGUGCACCUUCAUCGUGCUGGCUGCAGAGAAGUGGCAGGGCCAGCCAGGCCCCAGUGAAGAGAACUGCAUGGCUGGAGACGUGAACCUCUUCCUCACAGAUCUAGGGGACCCCUCCCUGGGGGAGAUUGAGGUCAUGAUUGCAGCCACAGAACGAGCCCAGCUGCAGGGGCCAGGGCUUGGGCACCGAGGCCGUCCUCAUGAUGAUGGCUUACGAGGAGUCACCAAGCUAGGUCUGACCACGUUUGAGGCUAAAAUUGGGCAAGAAAAUGAACCCAGCAUCCGGAUGUUCCGCAGGCUGCACUUUGAGCAGGUGGCCGUGAGCAGUGUCUUCCAGGAGGUGACGCUCAGGCUGACAAUGAGUGAGCCGGAGCAGCAGUGGCUUCUGGAGCAGACCAGCCAUGUGCAAGAGAAGCCCUACAGAGUUGGGUCCUCAGAGCCCCACUGACAGCGGGCCUCGUGGCCUGGCCACCCUGUGUGAACGGGAGUGUAAGACCAGGCUCCUGCCGCAGGAGAAUGGAGGGAGCCUCGGGGGCAGAUACUCUGGGCCCUGCUCCAGGUUGGAAAUCUUUUGGGGGCCCUUCAGACCCUGGGCUGGACUUGCUUGGCCUCCCUUGUCUGGCAGCGUGGCUGAGCCCCUCCAGGGCCAGCCCCUGCUCCUGGCCAACCCUGGACUCUCGGAACCUGGAGCGGAUGGCAUGAAUCCAUGGCAGAGGCCAGGGUGGGCGUGGAGCCAGAGUUGAGGGAGGGGCCUGGUGAACAGGCAAGACUUCCUUUUUGCCUGGAAGGCCGGAGGGGCCACCGAGCCUCUGGCCAGGAGUAAAGCCCACUGCCUGCA